GAUGAGAUAUUGACGUGGAAGUAAUUGAUAGAAGUCAGUUUCGGUAUAUUUAAUGAAAUGUGCAGUAUUUCAUCUAUAUGAAUUUCUUCCUUGGUACAUUUAAAAUCUAUGAUUUGAAACAAGUAUCUUAUCGGUUUCUCAAUGUUAGAUUUUCCUAACCAAUUCUGAAGUUGAUGAUUUUGGUAAACUUGCGACUGUUUCUGGUGGAAUUCAAGUAUACAUACCGAUAUUUAAUAAUUUAUUCAAAACCAGUUAAUAUUCUCUAGUUUAUAGAAAUCGUUAAAAUGACUAGUAUAGCCACGAGAAGAGUUUUAUCCCGACUAUGUGGGGACCAACAUAUUCUACGUCCAUUUGCUACAAAUGUCCCACGGAUUGAAGUACCAAUGGAUGCACACCCUGAAUUAGAAACUGAUGUUCCAGAAGCUGAGAAGAUACAUAUAAAACCUUUGACACAUCCAGACUUCUUUAAAGUUCACAAUUUAUUUACAGUGGAAGAUUUGUUCAACGCAAGAGUACAUUAUGGUCACAAAGAAGGAUCUUUAAAUGAUAAUAUGCGAUCUUUCAUAUUCGGAUCCAGAUUAGGUCAUUUAAUAAUUGACUUGGAUCAAACAGCUGAGCUUUUGCGGCAGGCAUUAAAUUUUACAGCUCACAUUGCAUUUAGAGAUGGAAUUAUCUUGUUUAUUGCUAAGAACCCUCAGAUUUCUUAUAUAGUAGAAAAAACUGCCAAAGAGUGCAAGGAGUUUGCUCACACUAGGAGCUGGAAACUUGGCACAUUUUCAAAUGCAGAGUUUGAAUUCGGAGCUGUUACUAGAUUACCAGAUUUAUGUAUAUUCCUCACAACUAAGGAGUCAGUUACUCACCAGCAUAUCGCUGUGGCACAUGCAGCAAAGAUGUGUAUUCCUACCAUUGGCAUUGUAGAUACAAACUGUAAUCCUAAUCUUAUAACAUAUCCUGUCCCUGGAAAUGAUGAUUCACCUUGUGCUAUAGAACUGUAUUGUCGUCUAUUUAAAGAUGCAAUAAGGAGGGGAAAGAUAUGCAAAAAACUAUUAGAAUCAGUAGAUAACCAGUGAUUUUCGAUAUAAUAUUAUAGACUAUAUAGAAUUUUUAAAUUAAAAAAAAUUCAGCGAGACUUCUGUUAAAUUUACUUUCCCACAUCA